AUGCCCGGCACUUGCGAGGUUUGUGUUUCGGAGCCUUCGAAGUACCGAUGUCCGACUUGUGGGCUUAUGAGUUGCUCCCUUGCAUGUACUCAAUCCCAUAAAAUCUAUUGCGCACCUAAAGCACCAUCACCCAAACCAUCCGACCAAACAGGCGACGCACAACCACCUUCAGGGGAAGCCAACGGCAAUGCGACCAGUGAGGUGGCAUCUAAGGCUCAAAACGGUCUCGACCUGAGGUCCUUAAGAACUUCAACCGAGCUCAAGGAUCUACUCGAUCGGUUCCCCUCGCUUCGUGAAGAGUUGUACAAAAUCUACAAAGAGACGACGGAAGAAGCUUGGCCAGAGACACAAAACCAUGGAGGUCGGGCUCGACCCUGGGGAAGAGGUAGACCACCGCAACGUAACCGUGGACCUUGGACGCGUGAGAAGGGAUUUAACCGAGGAGUGGGAAGGGUGAGGAAGCUACGGGAGAGAUGCGAAGAGGGCCUGGAGACCGGAAAGAAAGCAGAAGGCUUUGUGCGGUUCAUGGCUCUGAUCACUGGAAAUGAGAUUCCACAGGAGGGCAUGUGA